GAUCCCGCAACGUACUACAGCGACUCGGGUUUUCGUCAUCUAUACUGGUUGGAAGGUGUUGGGACUCCGGAUUUCUUCUUCGUAUUUUCAAGCUCUUUUAGGUUUUGAUCCAUUCCACCCACACUAUGAGUGCUGAUUCCAAUUCAGUUCGUAAUGAUCUCAUAAAGCUGCUCCACAAGCAUGUUCCUGGAGCAGAUAUAAGUGGCAUAGAUGAGAUCGUAAUCAGCUACGUGACAGGUGUGUUGGAGGAAGUGGCGGCAGAUGCUGAAGAGGUGGACUCAGCAAGCAUGAAGGACGUGAUCAGUGCAUAUGUGCCAGCUUUUGAUGCCAUUUCUGAAGACAUUCUGACAGAAUGGGUACUGGACAUGGUGCAGGGGAUAAAUGAGGAAAAGGAAAAAGCCAAAACAGCUUGUGAUGUCACUUUGGACAAUCUUAUAUCGUCGUUCCCUGUUGAGACGCGCAAGCUUUCGCAGUCCAAGAGCGAGUCAAGUGAAAGAUCUCAGAAGCUUUCAGAGACAUCUAAUGGAUCAGAGGAACAAGAUACUGGCAGUACAAAUGGGGAGGAGCAUGAUGAAUACUCUGAAGGUCUUGCCACCUUGCUUGAGAUGUUUCCAGGAGCCUGCAAUCUCGAAGUCCAGCAUUGCUUGGCUAGCUGUGGAGGGGACCUGGAACAAGCCACAACACUCAUUUUGCAACGGCAGGAGCAAGGAAUAAGUAUCAAGGCUACACCAGGCAGUAAGCUUGUUCCAGGGGCCAAAGGAAACAAAAAAAAGAUAGAUGACAAAGAAGUCCGAAUCUCCAUCAUCAACCGCUAUGGCUUCGUCGAUCACGAUGACGAUACCCGUGAGCAUAGGCCAGUUGCACCUAAGUGGGAGGGGAAGAAGAUGGUGCGCUACCGUGAUAACAAGGUUGUGAGCCUCAAGGGAGAGAGGUACACUGAGUUCAAGAAGGAUGAAACAGCUGAGAUGAAGAAGACAUAUGUGCACCUCAAACCGGGCAAGCAGUAUCGAUUCCACUGAUCCACAGGGUACAAACCUUACUACAUUGCCGCUGUCCAGUGUCACCAGGGCGAGGGGGCGAGGGAUGGUGUGGGCCAGGGCGGUAAGGUUUGUUUUUGUAAUCAACACCAGAGUUAUUUAUGUUACGCGAUAAGGCCGCAGCUUGAGGGCGAGUGCAGACUUGCGAGAGCCUUGAGUGACGUGAUGCUGUUGGUGGGUUCAGUGGAACUUUUAGCAUAUAAUCUCAUGAGAAUUCUCAUCACUCUUCAUUGUUGUUCAUUAGUGUUAUUAUGUAGUUACUGCUUCAGUGUCAGUAAUUGUAUUUUAGUGUGUGAAUUGCUUAUUAGGUACCAAAGAAGACAUAGGUUAUUAAUUGAGGCACUUUACAGCCAGAAUAGGAAAGUGGUUAAAAAGAAAUACUCAGAAUUAUAUAGAAUAUCCUGCGAAAGAUUCUUGAAGCCAUACUCGAAUAGGGUGGAGCUUGCACUGCAGCGUGCAAUACUGUGCGAAAUAACAAGAUUUAACCAUGACACACUAGACUCUGUCAUUAGUCAUAAAGAUUUUAUUAUAUUACAAUACUUAUGGUAUAUGAAUUUUACAAAUUGGAAAACUGGUAGGUUAUUUUCAUAUGUAGGCGUGCUUGUUCAUAACGACUCCAAUAAAACCAUAAUAUAUAGUGGAAGGAAUGAUCUGUGCAGUUUUUUAUAUCUUUAUUGUAGAGUAGCUUUAUUCUCUGAUGAAUUAAUAAAGGUUGAUGAUUGUAAGUGGACAACAGUCAAUAGGUAUAUGUGCAGCUCCCUCAACACUGCACGGGUGGUAAGAAUACCUCAAACUAUUUAUAGUUUAUUAGGUGUAAAUGCAGAAUUCGCAGUUCCUGCAUUAAAGAGAUGAAUUCGCAUAAUCAGAAAAGCAAUAGCAAAGACCAAGCAAAUAUGUGUUUGUUUAUGAAUUAUGUAGUUACCAGUAAUUAUAGUUUGAAAAUAAUUAGUUAGGCAUUCUUUUUAUUCCAGUGAAUUGGUUUGGGAUCAUGUUUUUGGACCAUUUUAAAGAAUUUUAUCUUUUUUUACUAGGUUACAAUUUUUUCCACAUAUGCAAGUAUUUGUAUAUGUACUCUUCCAUAGCAGAUGGAAGCAAUUAAGUUUCUUCUACCUAGUCUAUGUAUUUAGCUGUGGUAUAUCCUAUGAUUACUUUCUCUAUCCAUUAUUAUUAAAUCUAAUAGCAGCAUUACAGAUAUAUAGUAUUCUUUAGACAGCAGAAACAUUUCUCAAACUUUCUUGACCACAGCCCAUUUCUCAGGCAAUGGACUGAUAAUCACAUUAUCAUUUGAUAUUAACCCUUAAGGGCUGGCAACCUCAUUAGCCAGAAAUUGCUCAAACAAGCACAAAAUCAAGUGAUAUUGAAGGGUAAUAAUAUUUACAUUACUUCUUCAAGAAAUAUAAAAUGAGGGACAUGUUGCAUUCAUCAUAAUAUAGAGGGCCUUGAAAAAAAAAAAUGCAAACUAGAAAAGAAUUGAAUUGUGUGCUAGAAAAGGCAUGUAAACAUCCAUUUUGCCUUUGUGCCAAUUAGAUUUUUUAAUCCAAUCCAGGCCAUGAGGGUUAAAGAACAUUAGUUUUAUCCAAGAAGUUUAAAUUUGUUACAAUAAAGUAAUAAGUCUCUGGGCAUUAGAUACAGAUUUAUGUUUGUUUCUUGAUAAUUCUGAUGAUGAUGAUUAUCAACUUCAUUGUUAAAAAAGGUAUCCUCUAUUCACAGAGUUUAAUUGAAGUUGGUUGUUUCCUUUCCUGGUAGUAACUUUACUGUACUGCUGAAUGGGAGGGCUAAGAUAGGACGAUGGUAGUUAUAGUUCUUAAAUGAUUAUACAGUGGUCAAGGUUUUUAAAUGACAGUCUUCCCAAAUUAAAAUAUCAUCAUGUAUCAAUAGUUCUUCUUUUUUCUUGCUUACUCAGUGAGGUAUCAGUGAAUUUAGGUUUUGAAGUGAGCUACAAAUUUCUUACUAUUACCCUUAGUUUCUCUAACAAAUUUACGUAUACUUGUUUUGAUUUAGUACUAUUUCUGGACCUGGUCUGAAUCUCCAUAAGGGCAUUGCUUUUUAACAUUUUUGUUUUUCUUCUUUAAAAGACCACAAAUAUGUAACAAAAACUAAUAUUGGUCUUUCCAAAGAAAGCCAUGUAAAGGAGUAAGAUAUAGUCAUAUAAACCUGCAGGUUUGAUAAAACAGGUUUUAUUUUGUUACUGAAAUUUAGACAUUCCAGUUUCUUGUAUGUCUUUGGCAAUUGAUGUUAGAUUUUGUGUAGUGCAAUUAUUGUGAGGGACAAAUUAAGUGUCAUGAGAAGGAAAAUAUAAUUAGCAGCUAUUAUGGGAAUGAAGUGUC